AUGGGUGUGCGCGUCUGUGGCGUGUGCUUUGGAACCGGGCUCCCGAAUGUGAAGGGGCUGCUGAGGAGGCCAGAGGCGACGCGGCUGGUGCGGCAGAUGCAGCAUGGAGAGCUCAAGCCAGGCGAGGUCAGGAAACUGCUGGAGGAAGCCAAGGCUGCGCAGAAGGCAGCACGAGGAGAGGCCUGA